UUUGUUUAGGCACGGCUGAAAGCAGAGGAGGAGUUAAAACGCACGGAAGAAGACUUGGCUUACUUUAAACGGGAAUGCGGCAUGGUCCAAAAGCAGUAUCGACAGGCCCAGAAAUGCAUUUACUGGAAACAGCCCACUGGAUCAUUGAAGGUCGAGGUCAGCCAGGAACAACGGUUUCCUAUCGGUAUUUCAUUCACAUUCAUGGAUGGCCUUCAGACGCGAUACCAGCCGUUCCCUGGGCAACCGUAUAAAGGCAGCACGUUCGAAGGACGUUUGAAAAACGACAGUGAGGGUGUGACAGUAUGUGGGAUGUUGAAGACGGCGUUCAAAAGAGGGCAGAUGUUUACUAUUGGGAAGGACGGGAGUGUUGGACUGGAUGGCAUCUCAAUGUUUGAUAGUCCAUUGUUGGCGAAAGUAAGUCGUUCGCGCUAUGUUAAAUACAUAGAGAAGGUGAAAGCAGAGAUGAAAGCCAAAGGCAUCACAGAGGCGAACAUAGAUGAGACAGAGAAGUUGGAAGAAACUUUCAGUGUCGCUGGUCCGUAGCUUUCAUCGGGUUUCUGUUGGCGAUAUUCUCUCAGUCAGUCGAAAUCAGUUUUAAAAUCUGCUUGCUAGUUAGGUUAUGUGAUUAUUAACCAGUUAACGAAAUAAAUUAUAAUGUAAGAUUGAAAAAGAAUGUAAACGCGACGGAACAAGCCCUGUAAAUAAUAACGUUUACCGAUGUAGAUAAAUAAUAUAGGGAUCAUCGGUUAGAAAACAGACGCAAGCAUAUCAACAAAUAUUAAUAUGAACUAGGGAAUACUAUAUACUCUGUACUUUAUUUUAUUUUACUAAAGUUUGUUAGGUAAUCAUCACGUGUUUAUCGUCAAUUACGGACAUAACAUAAUAUUUUGUACUUGUAAAUGUGGUACUUUUUACGUGGUGCUACCGUGAACAUUGUACAUGAAUGUUGCUACGUAGAAAGCGAGUCUUAGUUAGAGUACAUAAUUAAAGUGAAAUUUCGCAAAGGACUUUUCCUCUCAAACCCCACUUAUCUUAAACAUGUAAUACACGCAAUGUUAUGCAACCACUUUGUCAUUAUAA